AUGUCAAUGAAUCAUUUAAAUGAAUUUAUCUCAAGUGUUAGAUUAGCAGAAACAAUCGAAAAGAUGAAGUUUAUCAUAAACACAGAGAUGGCUUUCAUUAGGGCUGAAUUAAAGAAAGAAGGAGCAGUGAAUAAUCAUUUUUUACUUACAGAGAUCGUAUUUCUUGAUACAAUUGGCGAAAAUGUCAGUUGGGCACAAAUGUAUUCGGUUCAGCUUAUGGCGAACAAGUCUUUUGUCAAGAAAAGAGUCGGAUAUCUUGCAACUGGUCAAUUACUCGAUGAAAGCUCAGAAGUAUCAGUAUUGGUUACACAAACAUUACUCGGUGAUAUCCAAUCUCCUAAUAUAUUAAUACAAUGCUUAGCUUUAUCGUUCAUUGCAAAUUACGGAACGAAAGAAAUAUGCACAGAGACAGCUAAUACGAUCCAGAAAGUCAUCAAGGAAUUGACGAAUAAAAAAGUUCUCAAGAAAGCAGCCAUGGCUUUGUACAAAACAAUGGAAUUUCUCCCAGAAUUAAUUCCAUCAUUCAAGAACAGCUUCCAGACACUUCUUAAUAGCAACGAUAACGGUACAAUUAUGACAGGAACAAAUUGCAUCCUCAAAGCUCUUGAAAUUAAUCCGAAAAUGGCUGAUCUUUGGAAAAUCUUCAUCAACCCUUAUACAAUGAUGCUUAAAAUACUUGUAACAUCGAAACCACCACAACAAUACGCUUUUGGUGUCACUUUUGACCCAUUUUUACAGUGCAAAAUCGUCAAAGUCUUAAGUUUACUUAAUUGCGAUUCGCAAGUAUUCCUCGACCUCCUACAAGAGAUUGUCACAUCAACAGAUGCAAGAAGGAACGCUCAAAGAGCCAUUUUAUACCAAUCUGUCGAAGCAAUUGUAAAUGUUACAGAAAAUUCAUCACUUAGAGGCCUCGGAUACAACCAAGCUGGUAGAAUGUUAUCAUACAAAGAUCCGAAUAUCCUUUAUGGAGCUCUUUCGCUCUUCAAUCGCGUUUUGUACCGCGAUAAUAUGAUUAUUAACCACGAAUCGAGCGAUUCCGUUGCAUUACAACGCUACAAGAAGCAUAUUGUUAGAUGUAUUGAUAACGCCGACUCACAGCUCCGUAGAGUUGCUCUUUCCGUCAUUUUGGCUUUGAUUGAUGAAUCUAAUGUGGAAACAAUUGUUCCGGAGAUGCUCCAGUACAUCAGAUUGGCGAACUCUGAUUUUAGGGCAGAGCUCGUGAACAGAUUAUACUACGCAGUUCUCAGAUAUUCCAAAGAUUCUCAUUUUAUUCUCAAAUCUGUCGUUGAUAUCGUUUUUGAGAACGGAGAUUAUUUCGGUUCGGAGCUGAUCACCUCAUUCGUUGACUACGUGUUCAAACAUCCCGAAAUUAAAGAGGAAGUUUUGCAAUCUUUGCCUCCCUUCUUGAUGAAAGUCGAUAAUCAGGCCGCAUGCCAGCUCGCCGCAUAUAUACUUGGCGAAAUGGCCACUGAAUUCGAUGAUUCGACCAUGGAAACAAUGAUUGAAUUAUUAAACAUGCCACAGACUAAGGAUCAGUCUAAAAUGAUGAUACUCACGGCAUUAGCAAAAUUAUGUGUGAGGUUUAGACAGUACGAAAAGAUCAUCCCUGUGAUGCAGAACGCAUUGAAUAAUAAUAAUGUUGAAAUUCAACAGAGAGCUGGCGAAUUGAUAAAUCUUCUUAAUAUGCCAGAGUUUGCAGAAGUUAUUUUAGCGCCAACUUCAGAAGUUUCCGGCGAAAUUCAAGAAAAUGCUGCUCAUGAGGUCAAAAAACCAGAAAAACAAGAAACAAGUCCAGACCUUCUUCUCAACAACCUCUUAGAUUUAUCUACACCAGCUCCUGCCCAACCAGCAGCUCAAAAUAUGCCAGAUCCUUUGAAAGAAUUGUUAUCUACUCCAGUUUCUCAACCAGCUCCAGCUCCAGCACCUGUCCAACAGUCCUCUCCACUUCCUCCGCCUCCAAACUCCUUUGUUGUCAUGAAAACAGUUGAUUUUGUUAUAUUUGGUCAGAGCCAGAUCAACCAAAACAACCAGAACCAGGUCGCUCUGAUGCUCACUGUCAUUCCCACCACUGAGAAGAUGCUUGUGAACUUCGUAAUGGAGUUCAGAGUCCCUGUUGGUUGGAAGAUCCUGCCGAAGGAGCCGUCGGAGAAGGUUUUGAGGCCGAUGAAGGAGAGAAAACCACUGACACAGCUUUUGUAUCUCAUGUCUAACGGAGCUCCCUUUGGAUUGAACAUCGCAGUUUCAUAUAUGAUGGGCUCUCAGCCAAUUCGUGAAGUUGGGUCAAUCCAAAAGCUUAACUGA